GCAUCAAUUGAAACGAAUUAACGAAUUGAUUUUGGCAAAAAUCACAUCUCCCAGUGCAUCAUUAUUUUAGAAAACCAGACUGUAAUCGAAUUUACGGCGAAUUGUUAGCAAACAGUCUUCCACAUACGUUAGCCAUGAUCGAACGGCUGAAUCGGUUCUACACUCAAUUCAAGUCGUCACUUAUUUCUGCAUGGCUCAUAGUCCUACAAAUAUUGCUAGGCCUUUAUGUAUUGUUAAGAGGUUUCCUAACAAUGGGAAACAAAUCAAGUCAUCAAUCAUUGGAAGUGGAUUCGGACAACGAAACCGAAUCCGAAUCAUCGGACUUUGUUGAAAUGGGCACUGACCAUGAAAUAGUAACUAUAGCCCUACAAAAGGGUAAUUUGGAUAGCAGCUUGUUCCGUUUAAAACGUGGUUCAGUUCUAAGAUUAAAUCCUGAUGCAUCUCUACUGGGAAAGGAAAUAAUUCUUUAUACAAACUAUCCUGGAGAUGGUAAAAAAGAAUUCAUUCGCACCGAUAAUCGAGUUGUCGAUUGGCAUUCGAAAUAUGGAAAGCAAAUCACUUCACCAAAAAAUCAACAUGUUCAUGUUGUUGAUAUUGAUGCUUAUGCUGAGGUGAAAGUUAAUAUUUCUGGAACCUUCCGAUUUUUCUUUACAGAAAAAGAUAGCGAUACCAAGGAACCAUGUGGUUCUCUCUACGUUCAAGUUGAGCCAACUCUACACGUUGGACCACCUGGAGCUCAGAAAAUCAUUCCUUUGGAUUCAAUUCGUUGUCAAACUGUUCUCUCCAAGUGCUUGGGUCAAAUACACACUUGGGAGUCAAAAUUGAGAGUUGCAAAGGAAUCCGGUUACAAUGUUAUCCAUUUUACACCAAUACAAGAACUUGGUUUGUCUCAUUCGGCUUAUUCUCUACGUGAUCAGCUGAAAGUUGACUCUCAUUUUGGUGUUGGUCCUAAGGGGAAAGUAUCCUUUGAAGAUGUUGACAGAGUUAUCAAGAAGUGUCGUCAAGAGUGGGGAAUUGCUUCAAUUUGUGAUAUCGUCCUGAAUCACACUGCUAACGAAUCCGAUUGGCUAGUAGAUCAUCCUGAAGGCACCUAUUCCUGUCAAACUUGUCCCUAUUUGAGACCAGCAUUUUUGUUGGACGCUCUUCUAGUAAAGGCUGGUACUGAAAUUGAAGAAGGUCUCCUCGAAAGUGUUGGUGUCCCGAAAAUAAUCGAUCAGGAAUGCCAUUUGGAAGCAUUGCGUCAUCAACUAAAGACCAACUACCUUCCUAAAGCCAACAUUCAUGAACUCUAUCAAUGUAAUCUACCAAAAAUUGUUAACGAAUUCGAUCAAUUGGUUCGAAGCAAACCACCACCUGGUAAAAAAAUCCAUUCUCCAGACCGUCAUAAGGAAAUCGAUUUGAUUCAGGAUCCAGAAUAUCGUCGUUUCCAAUCAACCAUCGAUAUGAAAUUAGCUUUGGAUAUUUUCAAUUGCUUCCAUGCUGAUUGUUUUGAUGAAGAAACACGCAUUAGGAAGUGUACUGAUUCAUUCCGUCAGCACUUGCAAUCUUUAAAUGAUAAUGUUGCCACAGAAAUUUGGGAAUAUUUACACUAUGCUGUUGAGAAUUGUUUGGCUGGUGUUCGUUAUGAACGCGUUCAACCAGAUGGUCCAAAAGUGAGGGAAAUUACGGAGAAACAUCCUGUGUUUAUGCAAUAUUUUACUCACCUCGUGGUGGAAAGACGUACUCCGGAAGAAAUUGAAGAACGUAUGUAUGGUGAUGAUGGUAAAUUCUUUAUGGCUCACAAUGGUUGGGUAAUGGGAUCAACUGAUCCAUUGAAGGAUUUUGCUGAAAAGCAACCUACCCGGGCUAAUGUCUAUCUCAAGAGAGAGCUUAUUGCUUGGGGUGAUAGUGUUAAAUUGCGCUAUGGUGAAAAACCUGAAGAUAGCCCAUAUUUAUGGGAACAUAUGCGCAAGUAUGUUGAGAUCACAGCAAGAGUCUUUGAUGGUGUUCGUUUGGAUAACUGCCAUUCAACACCCUUACAUGUGGCUGAAUAUCUUUUGGACGCUGCUAGGAAAAUCAAUCCUGAUUUGUAUGUGGUCGCUGAAUUAUUCACCAACUCUGAUGCUACUGACAAUGUCUUCGUCAAUCGUUUGGGUAUCACUUCAUUGAUUCGGGAAGCUCAAUCGGCAUGGGAUUCACAUGAAGAAGGCCGACUUGUCUAUCGAUAUGGAGGAGAACCUGUUGGAGCUUUCCAAGUCUCUCCCAAACGCCAUUUGGCACCAAAUAUCGCUCAUGCUUUGUUCAUGGAUCUGACCCAUGAUAACCCUUCACCUGUUGAGAAACGGUCAGCUUAUGACUUGCUGCCUUCGGCUGCUUUAGUCUCGAUGGCGUGUUGUGCAACUGGAAGCAAUCGUGGUUACGAUGAAUUGGUACCACAUCACAUCCAUGUUGUUGACGAACAACGUGAAUACCAAGAAUGGGGAAAAGCUGUUUCGGCCAACAGCGGAAUUAUCGCAGCCAAACGAGCUUUGAAUCUUCUCCAUGGCCAAUUGGCAGAAGAAGGCUUUAGCCAAGUUUAUGUAGAUCAAAUGGAUCCAAAUGUCGUUGCCGUUACCCGACACUCUCCAAAAACUCAUGAAAGUAUUAUCCUUGUGGCUCAUACAGCUUUUAGUUAUCCAGAUGCUUAUGCUGGACCAACUCAUCUUCGUCCACUCCGUUUCGAAGGCUGCUUGGAUGAAAUUAUUCUUGAAGCUGAACUACUAAAUAAAGGACCAAAACCAUUUGAUCGUCCAACACCAUUUAAAAAAUCUGACAAAUCUAUCAAUGGCUUGGAACAAUUCCAAUUGCAUAUUCGUGAGCAUAUUUCAUUGUCAGAGUCGAAAAUCUUCUCAAAAGAUCCCACAAUUGAUGGCAAUAUGACUCAGCUUUACUUUGCAAAUCUUAGACCUGGAUCGAUUAUUGCCAUAAGGGUAUCCUUAAAUCCAGCAACACGUCCGAACUUUGAGAAGUUACAAGGUAUUGUAAGUGCUUUGCAUAGGCAAGUUGGUCCUAUACAUGCCGAAUUGGCAACCAUUGCUUCCGAGCUUGAUUUUGUUGAUUUAAAUCGAGCUUUGUUCACUUGUGAUCAAGAGGAACGAGAUUUGGGUAUGGGAGGAGCCGCUUAUGAUCUACCCGGUUAUGGACCAGUUGUGUAUUGUGGUCUUCAGGGAUUCAUUUCGAUAUUGACUGAUAUCGCUCCAAAGAAUGAUUUGGGUCAUCCUUUGUGUGAUAAUUUAAGAAAUGGCGAUUGGAUGAUGGAUUACAUCACUCAAAGAUUGAGACGUUUCCCCGAUUGCAAGAAACUGGCCAAAUGGUUGCGACUUGCUUUUGAGCCAAUGAGGACAAUUCCUAGAUAUUUGAUUCCAUGCUAUUUUGAUGCAAUUGUUAAUGGAGUUUACAACGUCCUGGUUGAACAUGCUUACUCCUUGAUGCCUGAGUUUAUUAGCAAAGGAAGCAAUUUCGCUCAAUCUUUAGGUCUAGCUACCAUUCAAUUCCUAUCUAAAUGCAAAUCGGCCAACUUGCCAAAGUUCAGUGCAAGCAUUCUUCCACCACCACCACCAGAACAGUGUGUCACUCUGUCAGCUGGUCUUCCACACUUUGCUACUGGUUACCUACGUUGCUGGGGACGUGAUACAUUUAUCGCAUUGCGUGGAAAUCUCUUCCUCACAGGCAGAUACAAUGAAGCUCGUUACAUUAUUAUCGGAUUCGGUGAAUGUUUGCGUCACGGUUUGAUUCCAAAUCUCCUUGAUGGUGGAGCUAAUCCACGAUUUAAUUGUCGUGAUGCUGUCUGGUGGUGGUUGCACUGCAUCAGGCAAUACGUUAGUGAAGCACCCAAAGGCAAAGAAAUCCUCCGUGACAAAGUGGCCAGAAUCUUCCCAACAGAUGAUUCUCCACAUUGUCCUCCUGGAGAACAUGAUCAAUUCUUGUACGAUACCAUCCAAGAAGCAUUGAAUGUCCACUUCCAAGGAUUGCAAUAUCGUGAACGCAAUGCUGGUUACGAAAUCGAUGCUCACAUGAAGGAUAAGGGCUUCAACAAUCAGAUUGGAGUUAAUCCUGAUACUGGUUUUGUGUAUGGAGGAAAUGCUGCAAAUUGUGGCACAUGGAUGGAUAAAAUGGGUUCAUCGGAAAAAGCCAAUAACAGAGGCCGUCCAAUAACACCACGUGACGGAUCAGCUGUAGAACUGAUUGGUCUACAAGUUUCGGCUUUAAGAUUCAUGGAACAGCUUAGCAAGGAAGCAUUGAUUCCUCACAGAUCAGUUGAACGAUAUGGAAAGAAUGGGGAAAAAACAACAUGGACUUAUGGCGAAUGGGCUGAUAGAAUUCAUGAAAACUUUGAGAAAUACUUCUUUGUUACCAAAGAAGAAAGAGGUCCAUUGGCUAAUAAGAAACUUAUCUACAAGGAUUCUCUUGGAGCAAGUCAAAAAUGGACUGACUAUCAAUUGCGUUGCAAUUUCCCCAUUGCUAUGGUUGUUGCUCCUGAACUUUUUAAUCCAUUCAAUGCAUGGCAAGCACUUGAGGUUGCGAAAGAAAAACUUUUAGGACCCCUCGGCAUGAAGACUCUUGAUCCAGAUGAUUGGAAUUACCGUGGAAAUUAUGAUAAUAGUAAUGAUUCAACAGAUUCAACUAUAGCACAUGGAGCAAAUUAUCACCAAGGUCCUGAAUGGGUAUGGCCAAUUGGUUAUUAUUUGAGAGCGAGAUUGAUUUUCGCCAAGAAAUGCGGAUUUUUACCUGAGACUAUAGCCGAAACAUGGCAAAUCCUUCAAGCUCAUUUGAAGGAAAUUCAAACUUCCCACUGGCGGGGAUUACCCGAAUUGACUAACGAGAAUGGAGCCUUCUGUCAUGACUCAUGUCGAACGCAAGCUUGGAGCGUUGCCUCAAUCCUAGAGGUCCUUCAUGAUCUCCAUCAUAUAGGAGCCGAUUUAUUGUAAAUCUCUCGAACCGUUUCAUCAAACUUUUUUGGAAGAUUUGAUUACAAUUAUUAAACUGCCACAUGAGACAUGAUAUGGCUAUAACAAUUUGAAAUACUCCACUUUUUUUAUAUUUAAACCGAGAAGACACCUUUGAAAGAAAUUUUAACUGAAAAUUAAGAAGAAAAACCUUCAGUGUUUUUAUAUAGUUGUAGUCAAUAAUGUUUGUUAAUAGUUAUAGUGUUAUUAGUUGUUUGUCUUAACCACAAAAAAAAAUUAUACGAGUUUGGAGAUUUAUAGUUCUAAAAACGACAAACUUUAUAUAUCUCCAUUCAAGUGUUUAGUAAAUAAGAGUUGUUUUAUGUAAUACCACACACACAUCACUUCUUGCUUUAUUUAUCGUGUUGAUUGAAAAAUUUUUCCUUUUUUUUAUAAUAUUAAGUAACUACAUUUACAAUAAAUAUUUUAUCAAACCACA